AUGCAGCUGGCCGGGCUGGGCCGGCUGCCGCUGGCGCUGGCGCGGGUGGUGCUGGCGGCGCUGCGCGGGCGGCUGGGCGCGCUGUGCUGGAGCCUGGCGCCCUGGUCCCUGCCCCUGCCCCUGCCCCUGCUCAGCUGGCGGCGGGUCUCGGUCCCCGGCCCCCGCGCCGCCGCGGGGCCCCGGCCCCAGCGGGAGCAGGAGCGCGACGGGGCGGCCCCGACGCCCACCAGCGUCAACUACCACUUCACCCGCCAGUGCAACUACAAGUGCGGCUUCUGCUUCCACACGGCCAAGACCUCCUUCGUGCUGCCCCUGGAGGAGGCCAAGCGCGGGCUGGCGAUGCUCAAGGCGGCGGGAAUGGAGAAAAUAAACUUAUCGGGAGGAGAACCAUUUCUUCACGACAGAGGCGAGUUUGUGGGCAAACUGGUCCAGUUUUGCAAGCAGGAUUUGAAGCUACCAAGUGUCAGCAUAGUGAGCAAUGGCAGCAUGAUUAGAGAGCGGUGGUUCAAGAAGUAUGGUGAAUAUUUAGACAUUUUGGCGAUUUCUUGUGAUAGUUUUGAUGAGGAAGUCAAUGUUUUAAUUGGCCGUGGUCAAGGGAAGAAGAACCAUGUGGAAAAUCUGCAUAAACUGAGACAGUGGUGUCAAGAUUAUGCUGUUGCUUUCAAAAUAAAUUCGGUCAUCAACAGAUUUAAUGUUGAGGAAGAUAUGAAUGAACAGAUCAAGGCACUCAACCCUGUGCGCUGGAAGGUCUUCCAGUGCCUCCUCAUCGAAGGGGAGAACAGUGGCAAGGAUGCUCUGCGAGAAGCAGAGAAGUUUCUUAUCAGUGAUGAUGACUUUGAACAAUUCCUGGAUCGCCACAAAGGUGUCUCCUGCUUAGUACCAGAGUCUAAUCAGAAGAUGAGGGACUCAUACCUCAUUUUGGAUGAAUAUAUGCGUUUUUUAAACUGCACAAAUGGACGAAAAGAGCCUUCCAAAUCUAUCCUGGACGUUGGAGUAGAAGAAGCUAUAAAAUUCAGUGGAUUUGAUGAGAAGAUGUUCCUAGAAAGAGGAGGAAAGUAUGUGUGGAGUAAAGCAGACAUGAAACUGGACUGGUAACUCUAACUGAGUUAUGGCAAGUGCAUUUUAUGAAGAAAAUGUGUAUAUGUGUGUAUAUAUGUGCCUGUAUGUGUGUGUAUAUAUAUAUAUGUAUAUAAUGCUUUUAACUGUAUGUGCUAUAUGUACAGUUCAAUGUUCAGCAA